AUGUACAAAACUGUCGGUACCAAUUUAUCUCGUUCUUUAAUUAAUUCUCAAAGAAAUUAUGCCACUUUGAGAGAAAUUGAGACCAGAUUAAAAUCUAUUAAAAAUAUUGAAAAGAUCACAAAGACAAUGAAAAUUGUUGCUUCCACUCGUUUAACCAAAGCAGAACGUGCAAAAGUUACUUCAGAUCAAUAUGUUAAAGCCGAUCAAACUUUUUAUAACAAUGCUGAAACUGCAGAAGUUAAAGAAGAAGAAAAAGAACCAACAAAUUUGAUUAUUGCCAUCACAUCUGAUAAGGGUUUGUGUGGUUCUAUUCACUCUCAAUUGGCUAAAGCAGUCAGAAAUAGAUUAAAGGAAAUUCCAACUGCCGAUGUUAUUACUAUUGGUGAUAAGAUUAAGAAUCAAAUCAUGAGAACCCAUGCUAGUAAUUUGAAAUUGGCCUUCAACGGUGUCGGUAAGAGUGCACCAACUUUUGAAGAAAGUUCUUUGAUUGCUAAUAAGAUUUUGGACUUUGCUGCUGAAAAAACCCCAUACACAACUGUAGAAAUCCAUUAUAACAAUCCGGUUUCUUCUUUAAGUUUUGAACCAAGUAUUGAACCAGUUUAUUCUGCUGAACAAAUUAAAAAAUCUCCAGGCAUUUCCAGAUAUGAGAUUGAUGGUGACGCUGGUGUCCCACAAGAUUUGUUUGAGUUUGCUUUAGCUAACAAAAUCUUGGCAUCUAUGGGUAAUGGUUACUGUGCUGAGGUUUCUGCUAGAAGAAAUGCGAUGGAUAACGCUUCCAAGAAUGCCGGUGACAUGAUUAACAGAUACUCUAUUUUGUAUAACAGAACUAGACAAGCUGUUAUUACCAAUGAAUUGGUUGAUAUUAUUACCGGUGCUACUGCUUUAGAUUAA